UGUCUUUGGUUGCUUUCGACACUCCGUUCCACGGCUUAGCGGGAAAUUCAGAUUUUGUCCGAUUCUGUGGAAAGGGUUUUGUGCUUUUCUUUUCCCUCAACGGAGUACUCAAGGACUCAAAAAGAGGCACUCGACCUGUGUCUCGCGGUCCUGCGGCACGCACCGGUCCUGGCGGCACGAACAGCUCGAUGGCCCGACAAUCCCGCAACUUUUUUAUCUGUGAACGGUGGUUUUCUUUGGCUCUAUUCUCAUAUCCGAUGGCGGAAUUUCAACGCAUGUGAAGACCAUAACCGCACUUUGCGUUACCAGGGAAUUUGAGUGAUCUCCGUGAUGCCAUCCCGGGCCUUGUCUGGUCGAGGAGCUCGAGAGCCAAUGACGUUUGCGUUAGAUGAACCGUUGUCAUUGAUUGUGUUCCAAUUCGACCUCAAGGAGGGAUCAAGAUUUGGUCGUCGCGCAGUUUCAUGUAGACAUUCUCCGUCGCUGUGACACAGGGUUCUCGGAAACGCCUGUACGUUUGUCUGGCUAGAUGAGAGUGAGGGUGCAACGGCGACGCUCGGGCCCCAUACCGUUCAUUUCGUCGUUUUCUUUUCUUCUUGUUUCACUCGUUCUACUACGUAGACUUUAUGCUGUCGUGCCCACAGUUUCCAUUUUUCGCACACUGACGGCGGUGGUCUUCGCGGCGGCAAAACACCUUCCCGGUUCGGAUCGUGCUAGCGAGCCCACAGAUAUCACAGAGGCACCGGUAACGUUCUCUCCGUUUCCCUGAAUUGUCAGCAUGUAUUCCUCCCCUCAGUCAGAAGAGGCUAGCCUCGUGAACAGUAGGGGCAUCCGAGAUGAAAGUGGGCCUAAUGGAUUCUCUAUUGGAUCUGCAACAGACACGGCCCUGAAGGCAGGCUCCCCGACAGGAAAAAGCUGGAAGCAACUGAGCCUCAACCUUGGGCGGCGCGUGUGGGACGCACUGGAUCCAACAUGGUCUUGCGCUGAGAAGAGACGCCGCCUGGACCCGGAGACUUUGAGGAAACUAAAAUCAACGUACUGGCUUUCACGGAUUGUUUUUCUGCGCGCGUUGGGAUUUGUUUAUUUCUUCGCGUUUCUUAUCGCCUUCAACCAGUCUCAGGGACUCAUUGGGUCCGAUGGCAUUCUCCCAGCAUCGGAUUACGUGGCAAUGGUGAAGGACUCGUUUGCCGACGCAGAGGCGUGGCAACGAGUCAAAGCAUUUCCUUCACUUUUUCUCCUAUUCCCUGCAACGGAUUUCUGGCUGCAUGCCAUCCCUUUUGUUGGUAUGAUCCUGUCGCUGUUCAUGACCAUACAAGGUGCCAGCAACGGUUUCCUUCUGUUCCUCCUCUGGAUCUUGUACCAGACGGUGAACAGUGUGGGCCAGGCCUGGUUUAGCGUCGGGUGGGAGGCGCAGCUUCUCGAGUUGGGGUUUCUGGCCAUCUGGAUGGCCCCCUUCUGGAGUUUCUCGCGUCUCCCUCCUUCCUGGCCGACUCCCAAAAUCUGCGUGUGGGGUAAUCGCUGGCUUGUCUUUCGCGUUAUGUUGGGUUCUGGACUCAUCAAGCUCCGCACAGACAGAGCUUGGAAAGAUCUGACAGCGCUCGACUACCACUAUGAGACGCAGCCGCUGCCGAACCCAUUGUCCUGGUACUUCCAAAACCAGUCGCACGGCGUUCAUGCGGCGCAAGUUGUGAUCACACAUAUUGUCGAGUGCGUCAUUUCUUUCCUGGUCAUUCUUCCCUUUCGCCAGUGUCGGCUCUUCGCCGGCAUAGUCCAAAUCGCGUUCCAGGUCGGCAUUCUCCUCUCAGGAAACCUAGCCUUCCUGAACUACUUGACAAUCGUGUCGGCAAUCAUGUGCCUCGACGAUCACUUUCUCACCUGCCUCUUCCCGUCGGCAAUUCUCAGUCGCCUCCCGGAGCUUGUUCGCGGAUGUGCGGGCUAUUGGUCGCUCCCUCAGAUCCAGGCAUGGCCAUUCCCACAACUGUUUCCUGGCGAGGAGCACGGAAAGGGCAAAGGACGUCAGGCGAACGACAGGCCCGAAGCUGAGGCGUCUUUGCUCGACAAAGAUGCAGGCAGAGAUGAGACUCUUCCUUUUAAUGCCGCUACAGACGACAGUCUGGACAGCCCCCGAAGCUGCUGCUGCUGGUAUCGACCGUACUUUCCCCGGAUUGUGCGUUCCCUGAAAAUUCCAUCUCGCGUGCGGAAACAAGUGAAGGAGGAGAUCAAAGAGAACUGGGGGAAAAUGCUUGCUGAGGUGGUGGCAUCUGUGGCAAUGCUUACAUGCAUGGCGUUUGUGACCAACCCCGCGACUUCGGCUGUUUGGAUGGUUAUCGCCGUGUUUUUCCUCGCCAUCAUCCUCUCGGCCUCGUCCACGUUUUUCACAAACACUCUCGUGUCAAAUGCGUUCACGGAACUCGUCCUUCUUAUCGUCACCCUCUGGAGCUGCAUCGCCAUAUACCAGCACGGCCCGGCUGUCUGGUCUGUUUGGCUCACCACCUGUCUAUUUACGGUUCUGAUUGCGUUCGCGUACACGACCCUGACGAACGCAGCACUCAUAUUCAAAAUCCAUGUCGAAGUCCUGAUCUUCCUCCUCAUCGCCGCUCUUUCCGUCCCCGUCGUCGCAAAUCUGAUUUCACCAGACCAGGUUAUGGAUUCAGAUCUCGGAAAUCCCUUUUCCGUGGUCAACACACAUGGAGCCUUCGGAUACAUUGGCAAGGAACGGUACGAACUCAUUAUUCAAGGCACCAAUGCGUCUUCACCGACCCAGACCCUGUAUUGGCAAAAUUACGAGUUCAAGUGCAAACCUGGAGAUCUCUAUCGGAGACCCUGCUGGGCUGCGCCCUAUCACUACCGCCUUGAUUGGCUCAUGUGGCUAGCUUCUAUGGGUGACAAGGAGACAGUAAAAGAUAUGCAUCCCUGGCUUUCCAAUUUCCUCUCCAGACUGCUUCAGAACUCGAAAAGCGUGACAGGACUGUUGGCCCAUAAUCCCUUCCAGAACUCCGACCCGCCGACUGCGCUUCGAGUCCUUCGCAUUCAGUAUAGGUUUACCAAAGGCCCCGUAUUUGGAGGAGGACCUUGGUGGGAGGUCGUGCCUGAGACCAGGGAGCUUUUCGUUGCCCCGUCUCAGGUGCCCGGAGCUGCUGCACACCUCAGGAAACAACUGUUGAUUCUUCGCAGACGAGAAGAAAAACAGAGACUCGAGCAGAGACGAAAAGAAGAAGCAGAGAUAAGAAGAAAGGAGGAAGAGGCCUUCAAACGUCGUAGAGAGAGGGCCAUGAAGGAAGAAGAACGACGAAAGCGCGAGGCAGAGGAAGCCGAGAAAAGGAGGAUCGCUGAGCAAGCGCGCCAGGCUGAAGACGAGAAACGCAUCAGAGAGCAGGCGGAGGCAGCCAGAAAAGCUGAGGAAGAAGCGGUGAGGAAACAAAUAGAAGAAGAAAAGAAACGCCACGAAGAAGAGGAGAAGGAACGUCAAGCAGAAGAAGAAAGAGAACGCCGAGAACAACAGGAAGAAGAAGAAAAACGCCGAGCCGAAGACGAGAAGAGACGCAAGGAAAAGGAACAGGCCACGUUGCUGGCGAGGCAGCGGUCUGAAGAGGCGCUAAAAGAGGCAGAGAAGAAAGCUCGAAAGGAUGCGGAAGAAGAAGAGCGGAAGCGAAAGGAAGAUGCUUUACAGGAAGAAAAGAGGCAAAAAGAAGAGAAAGAAGCUGAGGAAAAACGGCGAAAGCAGGCAGAGGCACGCAGGGAAGCAGCGCGCGCCGCGGCUGAAAAGGAGUCUGAGAAAGCGAGACAGUUGCAAGAGCAAGAGGCGAAAAGGAAAGCAUUGGAGGAACAAGAAAGGAGAAAAGCUCGGGAACGGCAGCGCUCUGCUAGCAGUCAAGUCGCGGUAUAUACAGCUCAACCCCACGACGGCGGAGGAGUGCCACUACGGCAUGCUCCGUUGUUGACUAGGAAGAAGCAAGCGCUGUAGGGAGACCCGCAGUCUCCUAAGAGGGCUAUCAAAUGUUUCGAGGUUUCCUCUUGCUUGUUUUACCUAAUGUGACGAAUCUGUUUUAUGGUGUUGCCGGCCGAAAAGUAAAUGCUUACGGCCGGUGUAUUGAAAGGUUCCAAGAGGUAGUCUCUGUGAAACGCAACAGAGUGUCUCUCUGCUUGGCAACUUCCAAUUUUGUGUACGAAUUUCUCUAGUGUACGGACGACACUCGGGCAAAUAUGUAUUGGGGCCGGAAACACGAUGUCCCUUCUCACACGACGGCCUCUAUCGUUGACUCUAAUGGGUUCACGUAUUAUGGUUUAAACGAGAUGGCAGAAACGAAGUCGACUUACUGGGUGUUCUGUUUCCGAACCAUAGUGUACCACAGGGAAUAUUCAGGGAUCAGUAAUCUAGCAUUCGAAGGGAGAGUUUUGCGAAUGCACCUGAGUUAGUCGUCUAAAAUUGCCGCAGAUCUGACGAACCACAGCGUGGCAAAUGGACAGCAGUCGAUGCGAGAUGUAACAUGAGUAUUUCACCUGCUCUGUUGUGCGUCACGUUAUUUGGUGUUUGAUAUCUUUCUCUACAUUCAUCAUGGUCUUCUUGUAUGGUCAGGCACGUAUCCACACUCUGCCUGUCGCACGUGUUGGACAUUCGGCGAGACCACUUCAGGUUCUCGGCUGGAGCCAGUUCCACACGAAAAUCCAUCUUUUUCGUCUCCAUCGUCUCUCAGAUCAUAUCGUUUUUACAGCUCAUUCAAUGACUUUCUGGUUGCGAUCCCAGUGUUUUCAGGGGCAACACUUUACGUCCGCCAAAGAAGUAAACAGGGCGGGCUAGAGAAGUGACCAGCUAGCCUGGAUAGGCAGGUGACACUUGUGUUUGCAUUUGACAAUCACGAGUACUUGGCACAGCGGCAACCUUGAAAAGUUUGAUUAACAGCGGUUCAAGGAUGACUCUCUCGUUCAUGAUUGCUUCGUGCCAGAAGAAAGUGUUAGGAGUGGCUGUUCUAUGGGUUGCAAAAAGUAGUCAACGGUUGCG